AUGAUGGUUAUACAGUUUUCUCUUCGGACCUAUGGUACUACGAUCCACACGGUCGCUUCUGUUAUAGCUGAACUCAGAGACAAGCGAACGCGAGAAUACGUCGCUGCGCUGCCAUUCCCAAUUUCAGUUGAAGUUCCCCAGCCAGAAUCCGUGAAGUGGGCCCGCGAGGUUUCAAAAAGAACAGGAGAUUUCUUUGUCUUGUCAAAGCCGGACUUGGAUGUAAUAGCCCUCUCUUAUGAACUCGAAAAAGACUUCGACGCAGUUUUAGAUGACUCUUCAGAUUCGUUCGAAGACGUGGAAGAAGCCCCCGAUAAGCCUGAAUGUGACAAAACUGAGGGCAUGCAUACGUCAGCGGACAAAGUUGAGGAGGACGAAUGGAUUACGGCAGAUAACUUUGACGAAAAGUUAGAGACUGGGCUGGGCCUUGGAGCUCUCAGAGUGUAA